AAAUGGCUAUGUUGUCACUCUAUGGAUGUACAGUCUGUUGCCGUGGUGUUAUCUACGGGUGUCAUGUCACUGAAAUGACAAAAAAAGUUCGUAACUUGUCCGCCCUUUUUUGGGAUUAUGUGUGCGUGCAUUCGUGUAUCGUGCCAUGUGGCUAGCAUAUGUUGGCUGUAUGGUGUACAUACAGGAUGGGGGGAUUGCCAGCAGCAGUCUUGCUCAGAGGGAGCUUUGACUUCUGUUCCCAAUACUUCAUUUGCUCACUUUUCCAAAGCAAGAAACCGUGUAAACAGCUCGGUUUGCACAGUUUCACCCCCACAAUGUGUUGUGCUGCCCUUUCUGUGUUAACCUAUAGGCUUUGCCUAGCUGGGGAACAUGCCAUGUUUGCAGAGGCACUUUUGGGGAAUUAGAGGUAAUGCUGAUGCUGCUCUAAAUUUUCAUCACUUCUGUGACAGUCACAUGUGCUAUGCACGUGAGAGCAAACCUGGUGAUCUGUACUGCAGCGUGGUAAGGGCGACAACCUGUCAUUCAGCAGAGUAUAUCAGAGGAACUCUAGAUUUCUUCUAAUUUGUGCCAUAUGACUGCCUCCUAGGAGUAUUUCUGCCAGAGAGGGGCUGUUUUGGCUACUGAGCUUUAGAAGCUUUUAAAAUGUAAGUACGCCAUGAGCCUGCUUCCAUUAUUUCAAAAGCCAAAGAUACAAGGAGCUAAAAAAAAUUUCUCUCGCUCUAGGAAUUAAAAUGUACACAGAGAAAGAGGAUUUGGCUGGUCCACAGAACAUUUAAAAUUCUUAUAGGGAGAAAAUUACCGAUUUUUCAGCCAGAAGCGUUGUAUCUAUGUGUGCUCCAAUUUAUUGUUGUCAUGGUGACUAAUGCAUGUUACCAUAACUAGGCAGGAGGCUUUAACAGGUGAAAAGUUAGACAAUGUGAUCCUUGUUAAAAAUGGCCAUAUUCAACCACUCCAAACCAGGCCUUUCUUUUUUUUUUCUUUUUUCCUGUAGUCUGGAGGGUUUUUAACUUGACAUUUUUAUAAGAAGAUGAGGCAGGUGUUAGAUUUUAUAAAAGUUGCAUUGAGAUUACUUCUUUACAUAUUAAAAGACACCUCUUCAUCCUCAUCUUUAAUAUAAACCAAAUUCAAUUGUCAGAGAAUGGGAUGAGAGAGAAAAAUGUGCAGCAAUUGUAAAAAAUUACCUAAUAGCAAUAAUCCACUUCUGUAGCUCAUUUGACAUCAAGCAUCUGAUCCUUUCUAGAGCACUGAGAAGUGCACAUCUGCCCAUUUUCAGUGUUAUGAAGGACUGCAAGAGCAUGAAAUACUGGCCUUUAAGGCUAUGACCUUUACGGUUAAAAGUUGUCACUGUAAAAGAAUUGAAUCUUUACCACUCUGGCACCUGACUUGAGACCAUUUUGUGAUUGUUAAUUCUUUAUCUGCAAAAUGUGGAGCAAAAAAAUCUUUCUCAAGCUGACUGAAGCCAAAGAGAGGAAAGGCAGUGGUUAAAGGCACGGGGAGGUUAGAAUACUAAAACAUGGGCAGUACAGCAAAAGCCACGUGAUAAAUUGCACAGCUGUCUGAUGAGCUGUAAAGUUAGAUGAGGAAUAAAUUAUCUCUUGCCUUUCUACUUCAUCAGAGAGAUAAAAAUCUCCAUAUGUAUAUUGUGUCAUAAAAAAUACAUAAGCUUAAAUGUUUGAUUAUUUCUUAUAAUUGCAAAUUAAAUAUUCAAACCAGAAAAUCCUUAUCCUAUCAUAUCUAUUUUUAAAAAUCAAAUCAAACAUCAUAGUUGGUUCUGCACGGCAAUUUGCGAACAUUUCUAUACUGCUUAAAGGUGUUCUAGGUGCGUAUGAAGGUCCUGAAUCUCAGUAUGUCACCCAUGAGUUUUAUCAAACCAAUUCGUCACAUUCAGAGUUGCUAGUAUUUCAUGUUUUUCUACCCCAGACUUGAGACUUGGUGUUUCAAGUCUUCUUUAGGUCAAAGAUUUUCUUACUUUGUAGUUUACCUGAAGUUAAUUGCCAUCGUCACAUUCUAAAUUGAGAAAUUACAGUAUCUGACUUGAGUCAGUCUGCUGAGGAACUUCUUUUUUUCCUGUAGAGGUUUUUAGGCCCAGAUUUAUGAAAGUAGUUUGCUGUCUAAAUCUUCUUUAAAAGCCUUUUUUCCCUUUAAAAAAAAAAAAAAAGGAAAAGAAGCAAAAUUGUGUGGGGAAUACGUAGUAAGAAUUAAACUUCUGACCAUCUUCGUGGAUCUGGGCUUUAGAGACUACUCUGUUCUAUCUCAGUCUAAGUAGGUAAUGAAUACUAGCAAUAGUAUGGUUUAAAAAUCUGAGGAUUUUGGUAAGAAACAAAAGGAAAGGAGACCAAAAGCCACUUCUACUGAAUAUUAAAAAACACUUCUGAUACAGUUAGAAAAUUUUAUGUCUAUGUAUAACACGUCUUCUUUAUCAUCAUAAUCUGUACCUAUGAUGUUUAAUUUUAUGCAGCAUUUCUUAGUAGCUGCUCCCUCUACAAGUCACACUGAAAUACAUGAAAGGUCUCCAGGUGUAGAAAUCCUGUAUCUCUGCAUUGCCUUAACCCCAGCUGUAUUGUGUGUUUAGAUCGUCCUAGAGACUUGUAUAGCAAUCUUAUCAAUUCUGUUUUGUCUAAUUUAAAAAGAGUAGGUACUAGGAUGAUUGUAUAUAUUUAUAGAGCAAUUAAUGGAUGCAAACAAAUGGUCUCCAAACAGUCCAUCUCUGUCUCAUACACUAGUUUUAUUAGCCUGGUGGAAGAUUAUUUCUCAUUUUCUCAUGAUUAUUGCUUCCUAGCUCUUUUAUAAAAUUGAACCAAUAUGAGAGGUAAUCAGGGAUCCUCUUUUUACUGCCCUUCAUUGACAGAAAGAAACAAUGCAGUUCUUCAUGCUUUUAAUAUCGUCCAUGCAAAAGCGAGUCAAGCUGUAAAAUGAUGUACUCAUUUUACUCCUUACGUACCCUGCUUAAUUUAUCAGUACUGUCCAUUUUUUCUGUGUGCAAGGACAGUCACCUGCACAGCAGUGCAACAAAAGGGUUUGGAGCACCACUCAGGGUCACUACUACCCAGAGUCACUUGUUCUGUAGAAAUUCUAGUCCUAUUUCAUGGCCAUCCCCAUGUUUCCUUGGUGGAAAAACCAGUGGUUAAAAGAUAGAUACACUUUUUUAGCUUCUCUGUCCUGGAGUUACUCCUGUUCCAUCAUAGUAACCUUUUGCUAAAUAGAUAGGAUGUACCUCCUGAGAUCUGCUUCCUCAUACAGAACAUGCAGGAGUGUUUCUUUAUUAGGAAAAAAAACAGGGGCUAUGUCAAGUGGUCUGUUACCUAUGGCCUUGAACAGCUCAUAAAAAACAGUUGAGCACACUGUGAGAAUUUGUCAUGGGUGCAAUCCAUCUUCUCUUGUAGCCAGAUACAAACUCCACUAACAAGGAUGCAGAUCCUUGCCCAUUGUAAUAUGGUGGAAACCUUAUUUUAUAAGGAGAACUGCUUCUUAAAGAAAUAAAAUUUCCACUUCAGAUUAAAUAUGAUAGAAGGAUAGAAGGUGGUCAAAGGUUUCAUUUCUAUGGGUACAGAAUGCCACAAAUUGGAGCAAUUGCUCCAUUGCUCCUGCUGCUUUCCUUUCAAAAUUUGAGGUUGAAGUCAUAUCCAUAGCAUAGAGACAACUUAACUAGGCAAAAUAGAAAUUACAGUACUGUAUAAUUUGCAGCUGUGCUAAUAGUGCCAACAUUAACUGGAUUUGACUUGUUUUAUGAUGUUCCCUUGCUUGAAGUUACCAUAUUGGCAGGGUAAUGUUGAUGUUUCCAGAUUUAUCUCUUGCUUUUCAUUACAGAGUUGUGCAAAUGUGUGUCAUUUCAUUAUUUUGUGACACAUGAAAAUGAUGUACUUGUUUUGUUUACUCUGUCCUGAUUUAAUUAGUAGGAUGUGAUAGUUUGCCAGACUUUUGAAUGUCUUUGAUAAGAUUUUUUUCAUGUGUUUUUGAUUCUUAACUUCUUUUUGCUUUAAAAGUCUUGACUUCUAGCCAUAUUCUGUGUGAAAUGCUGAUGACAAUUCCUUGCCAGCUUCAACACAUAUUUUAACAACAUGACAUGCAUAGAAAAUACACAGAGAUAAGUGCAGACAGGAGACUGGGGAGAGCCUUCCAUUACCUUGAGACCUCCAAAUGAAGCCACAGCAUCAACGCCUGUACAAUAUUGGCAACAUCAUCCAGAGAAACUCAUUUUCCAGUCAUGCGAUUAUAAAGCAUUUUAUUUAGGUUCUAUGCUGGUAAAAGAGUUAAGAGGCACAGAGUCAACACAAGAUGCCUGUGCAAAGAUGAGGAAGUCUACAGAACAAAUGAAGAAAGUACCAACCAUUGUCCUGUCUGUCUCUUACAAGGGAGUCAAAUUUAUUGAUGCAACAAAUAAGAAUAUUAUUGCUGAGCAUGAAAUCCGUAACAUUUCCUGUGCUGCACAAGACCCUGAAGACCUUUCUACGUUUGCGUACAUCACUAAAGACUUGAAGACUAAUCACCACUACUGCCAUGUAUUCACUGCGUUUGAUGUGAAUUUAGCUUAUGAAAUCAUUCUUACACUAGGACAAGCAUUUGAGGUGGCCUAUCAGCUUGCACUACAAGCACGAAAAGGGGGCCAUUCUUCAACCCUCCCAGAAAGCUUUGAAAAUAAACCCUCCAAACCUAUUCCCAAACCACGUGUUAGUAUUCGGAAGUCAGUGCAGAUAGAUCCGUCCGAACAAAAGACUCUUGCGAAUCUACCAUGGAUUGUUGAACCUGGACAAGAGGCCAAAAGAGGCAUUAAUACCAAGUAUGAAACUACAAUUUUCUGAUACAAAACUGUCCCCCCUUCCUUGUUGUGCCUUGCACGCCAAGCAGUCACAGCACAGCCUUUCCUUUAUGGCAACGUUUCAAUCCAGCAGAGAGGAAGACUGCACUGUAUGAGUGGCCUUGUAACUAACAAAAAAGGCUGACAGUCAUUUCUGGUGAUGUUCUUCCUGCAGCACUGACAGAAGAAUGACACUAUAUGAAGACUUUUAAAAUUACAGUCCACAAGAGGAGUGAGAAACCUUAUUUUUCACGCAGUUCUCCCUUGUGACGCUGCCACAGUGCUUUCUUUGAUUUCUUAUUUUAGAAUUCUACUUUUUAAGAAAUAAAAAAAAACAAAAGGUCUCUAAACUAACACUAAUGCUGCCUAUGAGUAGAAUAUUUGAUUGGUUUUUUAUUUAAAUCUUGGCAGUUUUUAAUUGAAAUAGAACCAGAAUUAAUAGAUAGAGUAUUUGUGAAACCACUGAAUUCAUUAAUAAUUACUGUGUUGAAUAAAGAACUUAUUAAAGUGACAAGAAAUUAGGCACCCUGAUUUCUGUGUGCGCUGGUUUUAUAUGUAAUCAUUGGUGUCCUUUGAUCCUCUACAGAAAUAGGAACCUCUUGCAUUGUCAGAAAGGAUCAGAGUUUUAUGAAUGGUUAGAAAAAGGUAUUAAUAAUGCACAGAAAACAUUUAUUAGAUAUUUUUAUGGAAGAGAAGUACUAUAGGAAAACAUAUGAAUAUUUAUGGAAGGAAGCCAGAUUAAUUAUGACAAAUAUUGUUUAUUUUAAAGUUAAGUAAACCACUGCUAUUGCAGCAUUAUGAAAAAUGUAAGAGUUGUAGCAUCAGUGCACUGGAUGUUCCAUGUGAUCAGUCUGGAAUGAAAGUGGAAUGGUCAUUCUACUACACCUACAUACAGUUUAUGCAGUUCAACAUUGCUAUAGCCAUGAAUUCUACUAGUAUUUUUAAAAAAUAAUCAUCUCAGUGGUUCUAAAAAUGUCAAAACCAUGGAUUUUUGCUAUCAAGAUUUCUGUCACAGAAAGCUUGUUUGGAAGCGUGUUGAUAAAAUUCUACUGCAAAAACAUUUUCUAAGUACAAAUAGCGAGAAAAAGAAAAAAAUUCCAAAGUAAUAAAAAUGUUUUCAUGGAACAAAACAGUUAAGCAUUUGCUUAAUAUUUGAUUAAAUAAGAUUUACUUACAUUUUCUUUGAAGUGUUUUAAUUUUUUUAAUGUCUGUGGAGUAUUUGUAUAAUACCAUGAUGUAUAUUUAUGUAGAACUGAAAUUAUAACAGUACAAAUAUCACUAUAGGAAAAAAAUGACAUUUUAACGUAUACUGUUCUAUCCAGUCAAAUUGUGAAUCAUUUUGAAGUUCAUUAUAGAGAUAUUGAUAAAUUGUGUGGUUGUCUUACUGUUUUUUUUAAUUAUUAUUUCAUAUCCAGCUGAGGUUUUCAGUUAGAAUCAUCAGUUGGUAAAUUCCAAAAAAUGGAUAAUUGAACUUGGUUUAAACCUGAUCAUUGUAUAUGGUUUAGUUAAACCUAAUCAUAGCGCUGAGUGAUGACAUACUUUUAAUACAGUAUUCAAUUUACUUGAACAAAAUAGUUCCGUGUACAUAUUUUUGCCUAUUCACUGUUGAUAUGUACGUAGUCAACUGACAGUAAAAAAAAAUAACACUAAAAAUAUGGUACCAAAAGGAAAAUUGUAUAGGAGAACAGUAAAUAGUAGCCUCACUGCAACAAAUACUUAUGUAAAUAUGCUUGGGCUUCCAGUUAUAAAUUUUGUAAUUUUGUCAUUUAUUUAUAUCCUAUAAAAGCACACAAAAUAAAAUGAAGUUGUACAGUC